AUGCGCCAUGAUGUUGAGCCGUCACAGCUGAUGAAGCAGCCUCGCAAGCGAGCGCGCGCACACAACUCCAAUCCCCCCAAAGCUGCGUCCACAUGCAAUCGUCCACGAUUCGAUGCAUCGAUAACCUCGCCUCCGCUUAUGCAGCAAGCCGAAUCGUCCCUAACAACACCGACUCUCACCGCCGCAGCGUCUAAGCCCACCAAUUUCUCCUCCCAACAACGGCAGACAUCCUUCGAGGCCGAACCCCAAGCACACAAGCAGCGCAGGAAGGCGCAGUCAGAACCGAAGCGAUCCAAGUGUGCGCUUGAUGAUCCUACUUGCGGUCGGGCUGCAAAGAAGCGACAUCGGCAGUCCUCAGAAGCGUCGGAGCCUCAAGCAGCGGAGCCUCAGGGACCAUGGUUCCACAACUAG